CCUCCCUGGAGCUGCUUCCCAGGCUCCCCAUGCCAUGGGGGCUGCAGCAGCUCCGUGGCAGAACCCGAGGGAAUGAGUACCAGCCCAACAAUCGGAAGCGCAAGAGGACGCACGGCUGGAUCCGACGGAUCAGCACUCCCGCUGGAAUCGCUGUCAUCCUGCGCCGCAUGCUCAAGGGCAGGAAAUCUCUGACCCACUGA